GCCUGGGUGGAACCCUCUCAGGCAGAGCCCACCAGGGCCACGCUUGGGCGGGCCAGCACCCAACACCUACAGAUACAAUAGAGGUAGACUCUUGUUAAAAAAAAAAAAAAGAAAAAAGUUUAUUGGUGACGUUCAAGAAGAGGGCCGUGGGUGAGUGGGCUGUGGGCUGGAGGCAGGAGGCUACGUGGGCUGCCCCACCUCAUCCUCCCGCUGCAUCUGGGUGAUCAGCUGUUGACGCUCAGCCGCCUGGCGCAUGCGCAUCAUGACGAGGCUCUCAUAGUCCCUCUCGGACAGCACUGAGCCCUGGGGGACAGAGGGGACCGGGGGACGGUCAGGGUAGCAGGGCGCAGCCCCCCACUCCAGACUUGGAGGACUGGGCCUAGGCAGAACUACAGUCCUGAGUCAAGGAGUGAGGCUGCCCGGUACUUCUCCGCGGGCUCUCCUCCCACCCAUCACAAGCAGCCCCCAGGCCUUCCAUCAACAGUCAGCCCUGCUCCAUCUUCUCAGGCUGAAUCACUGCGUGCGCCAGCCAGGCCCUGUCUCCCUUCAUUUCCUCCUCGCCCUUUGUCACUCCUUUCGGCCACCCGUGGCUCGGGCUUCUCACAGGUUUCCAGCGAAGGCGCUGUCAGAGGGGCAGGAGAGCACCGCCCCCUCCCCGCGGUCUGGCUCCUGCCAGGACAGAGAAGGGAGCCCUGCCCUAGACGCAGGCUCAGUCAGCCCCCGCGCUAGAAGGAGAAACAAGCAUGAGGCCACCCGCCUCCUAAAAAUACACACCAGGGCUACAGGAGGGCGGGGCCCAGUGCCUUCUUUUAUGAUCUUGCCAGCGCAGUGCAGGGGAUUAAAGAGUGCUCUAUGUUCAUAAUCAAAAGAAUAAUAAACAACCAACCCAACGCGCCAGUGUUGUGGGGUGGAGAGGCAGCUCUCCAGUGGAGCUCAGAUCCACCCACCCCACACCCUGAUAAGGUCUGCAGUGGCAACGAAAUCACUUCUCCCGUCGGUACAGCUGAAGCUUUGUGAAGUGUGAAGCCCCCCUGAGCUGGCACAGAAGUGAGCCAGGCCAAGGGGGCUGCGGAGCAGAGCCAACCGCUGAGCCCUCUUCUGUGGCAGACCCAGCGAGUGCACGCUCACGGAUGCCAGCCUCCUUGUCUGUCCGGGGGGCUGCGGCAGCUCUGAGGACAGUAGCCCCCCCAGCCAGGCCCACCUACCUAUGCUUGGCCCAGGACACUGCUGACAAUUCAGGGCAGCCCCAUGUGGCCCAACCCUUUCCACCGAGGAGGGACCCCAAAGAAGGCCCAGGUGGCCCAAGGCAGGAGAGGAGGCAGCAGGACCAGGGCCCUCAACUGCUCUCUCCUGCCCUGAGGCUACGGGAGUAAAUCCAGGAAGAUGAGGAAUUGCCAGACUGGCUGUCAGGCCUCAGGCCAGGGGAGAGCAGUCCUCCCUCCCCAAGGUAAGGCUGCUCUGCAGAGCGAUCUUCAGAGUCACCCCGGCGUGCCCUGAGCCCAGCCGUGGGAGGAGCCAGCCCUUUCCAGGCAUGGGGCUGCUUCCCGUUAACACACCCUCUACCCCUUCCUUCUCAUACCUUAAGGCUUGGCUAAGGAGGGCCUGUCACAGGCCCCAGGACUGAGUCACCCACACUAGUGACAGGUCUCUCUUCCUUCCCCAACAACUGUUCCACAUGCCUGCCUUUCAAUUAAUUCCCACCCUCCUUGGGCUCCUCCCUCCCGGAUACUUGGGGGGCAGGAGGGGGGUUGGGGAUCGAGGCCCAUGGGCUAGGGCCCCAGGCAGAGAGGCUGUGGGGGGAAAGGGGAGCAACGUGGUGACACACAAAGCAGGGCUGCCCCCAGAGAGUCCUCAGGGGAAUCCGAGGCUCCCCAGUGCCCUGGGGUGUUGGCCACAGCUGGCCCAAUCCUGGCCCGCGGAUGCUGCAAUUACCUAAGAGCAUGAAACCCGGCUUCCCACCUGACUGAGUCACCUGAAAACAACACAUCCCCACUGCCACACACCGGCACAAACAGCCAAGCCACUAAUCAAGAGUCCGGGAGCUGCGGCGGAGAGGCCAGGUGAGCUCGGGUCUACCCGGAGCAGCCGCCGCCGGGGAAGCAGUUCAGGCGGCUCUAGCACCGAGAGAUCCAUCUCUGGCACCUCGGCGGGGCUGCCCGCACUCCGACUCCAGUAAGUGCUGCUUCUUCCUCUUGGCGUUUUUCCCCACUGCCCGAUCAAGUAACCAGGCCGCUCCUGUCCCUCUGGGAAACUCCUGUCGCCAGGAACUCCCACCUUUCUGCUCUCCCGGACAAAAGCACCCUCUUGCCAGGACCUCUUGCCACCGUCUAAGAUGCUGGCCAAAAGUCCAUGCUUCUAGCCCACUAGGGCUGUCCCCUGGUUCUUGCCAGUCACUGCUCCAGCGGGAACCUAAUGGUCCCCAGCUACUCUUGAACUGGGCUGCUGAGGUACCAGGCUCGUCUGCUGGCUCCCCUGGGUGCCAUGGAGACCUGGCGGAAAGGCUCCUUCCGCAACGCCGCCUUCUUCAAGCGGCUGAGCCUAGGGCGGCCGAGGCGACUCCGGCGACAGGGCAGUGUGCUCAGCCAGGCGAGCACGGCUGGCGGGGAUCAUGAGGAAUACAGCAACCGAGAGGUCAUCCGGGAGUUGCAAGGGCGGCCAGAUGGCCGGCGCCUGCCCCUGUGGGGGGACGAGCAGCCCCGGGCCACCCUGCUGGCCCCACCCAAACCUCCCCGCCUCUACCGAGAGAGCUCCAGCUGCCCCAACAUCCUGGAGCCCCCCGUUGCCUACACCGCUGCCUACUCGGCCACCCUGCCCUCGGCACUCUCCCUGGCGGGCACCUUCCACCACUACUCUGAGGACAACCUUCUGGACACUCCCUCCUUCCAGGGGACACCUGCUCCAGACCUCAGUGAUCCCUUCUUCUCCUUCAAAGUGGACCUGGGGAUUUCACUUCUUGAGGAAGUUCUACAGAUGCUGAGGGAGCAAUUUCCGAGUGAACCUGGCUUCUGAAUGGGGUGCGGGUGGGCAGAGGUGGGGUAACUGGAAGAGCCGGAAGCCUGGAAAGAGGGUGCAGCUGCAGAUUAAGAAAAAGGUAGGGAUAGGAAUCCAGGAUCCUGCCUGCCCUCCGGGUCCUGAACAGUCCUCCACGUUACGCCGGAGCGGAGGGACAGAAGGACAGAGGCAAGCUGGAAAUGCUGUGGAGGGAGCACUUGCUGGCAGGAGCCCUGAAGGCAGUUGGCUAGGCUGGGAAAGGGAGGCCACGCCUGUAACCACAGGGACGGGGCAGAGGCCAGCAGAGGGGGAUGGCAGCACAAGGGGUCUCAGGGAGUGGAGGCCAUGCAGACUGUGCAGGUCAGACAGGUGCCCUGCACCAGCCCCUCUGAAGCCACUGUUAAUAGACAUCACAGGACAGGACUAGACAAAAGUGGUCCCCCCCACUAGCUACAUGUGGCUGUUCACAUUGGAACUAAGUAAAAUUAAAAAUUUAGUUCCUUGGUUGCACUAGCCACGUUUCAAAUGUCCAACAGCCACACGUGACGAAUGGCUACCACAUUGGACAGUGCAGGCUGAACAUGAACAUCACUGGAGAAAGCCCUAGUGGGCAGCAUGGGUCUAGGCCACAGCCUGGAGCCACGAGGGCCACGGUGGGCGAGGGGGACAACCAGGCCCUGCAGGGGAGGGGAGGGGCUGGCAGAGUAGGAAGAGCGAGGCAGGUAGAGGUGCAGAGUACAACUCGGGGAAGGCCAAACAAAUCAUUUGCCGAAGGGACAAGAGAGACAAGCUGCCAACGCUGCUGCCCAGAGCACGCCCUGAGCCCGAGGAAGGAGGCUGUAGGGACUGCCAGCCAGAGGCACAGGGGUGCUUGGGGGAGUUCCCACAAUUAUUAGUGAUGGGAACCCCUGGGAAAUGUAGCAGAAACAGUGGCAGAUUUCCCUUUCUGCCCCAAGAGCAUAGGAGAACCAGAUCAGGGGAUGGACACAAAACUCGUGGCUGUUACUGUGAAGAAGCUCAGCGGGUCUCCGGAAUUCUCCACCAGGAUUGGGGAGCUCUGCCUUGCCCGGACCCCCUGAUGAUGGGGGCCUGCCACCCAGGGCUGAGCCCACUGGUCAAGGCCAAAGGCUGUGCCAGUGCUCCCGGCUUGUGGCCUGGCCAGAAGACUUGAAACCAGAACCACACUGGCUGGUCACGUGGUUCUGACACGCUAGGCCCCUCCAAGCCUGGCAGAGGGGGAGAGAAGCUUCGACGCAUGCUGCUUGCACACCCAAGCCUAUGGCCUCCCUCUUCCCUCCUCUGCGCGGACUUGCGGAGUUGAAAGCCUCCCCACCAGAUGCAGGAGAAAAUGAAUAAAGUUGUUUGUAACAUGGCC